AUGGGUCCCUGUACGGCCUCCCAUUGCUGCUGUCUCCAUCGCCACACUCUGCCAUGUGCCACUUUCAGGUCUCCUCACACUCCUGUGGUUUCCAUUUUGUCAUAGGUUGCUGUAUGGCCUCCCAUUGCUGCUGCCUCCACCGCCCACACUGUGGCUCCAAACAUGGUUUUGGCCCCGUGACUGGCCAAUGAGUGAAGUGUGCGGUGAUUCUAAGAUCGACGGCACUCAUCUGCAUGUCAUACUGAGUGACAGUAUUAUUUCUCUUCCCCAGCAGACUCCCAAGGGCAUUUAAAUUAAAUGGUACAGUGUUCUGCACUAAUAUUA